UAGAAAAGGGUUUUUAAUUAAAGAAACUUCUGUAUUCUCUCUUUCAUAUUCUCUUUCAUUCACUGCUUCCCUCACUUCCUCUCUCUGUCCUCUCUCAAUCUAUGAGAGAGACCAUUGGAGGGAGAGAAAAAACAUAGCUAGAAAGCAGGAGCAGCAGGAGGCAGCAGCUAGCCAUGAAAAACACCAUCAGGUGCUGCAUCUCUUGCAUUCUUCCAUGUGGAGCUUUGGACGUGAUUCGAGUCGUACACUCUAACGGCAGAGUCGAGGAAAUCAGCGGCACAAUCCGGGCCAGCGAGAUCAUGAAGGCGUACCCUAAGCACGUCCUCAAGAAGCCCUCCUCGUCGGCGUCCGAUCACGAUGGGGUCGUUCCCAAGAUCGUGAUCGUUCCGCCUGACGCGGAACUCCAACGAGGAAAGAUUUACUUCCUCAUGCCGAUGCCUGCCUCUUCGAAGACGUCCGAAAAGACGGGGAGGACAAGAUCGUCGUCGGCGAAGAAGAAGCGAAUCAAAGACGCCGAAAACAACAACGUCACCAACAACAACAACGUUGUUUUGAACAGCAUCGCCAUGACCAACCUGUUGAUAAAUGAUCGGUACUUGAGCGAAAUACUGUCGGAAAAGCAUUCGUCGCAGCGGGAUCGGCGGCGAGGACGUGUUGGGGUUUGGAGGCCGCACUUAGAGAGCAUUUGUGAGUCACCAAGUGAUGUGUAAUAUUGGCGGAUUUUCAUUCUUUUGAUCUUCUUCUUCUUAGUUUUAUCAUUUGUCUUGAAGGUUCAUAUAUUUUAGUAGGGUUUGCAAAAAAAAAGAGGAAAAAGUACUACUGCCAAUUCUUUCUUUUUUCUACCUCUUUCAAUUUCCUUAAUUUUCUGCCAUUUUCUUAGUUUUUUGUUUCUUGUUUUGUAUAUAUAGAAAAAAAUAGGGAAAGAAGAAAUAAUAGGCAAACAAGUUCUAUGAGAGGGUCUCAA